AUGUACCAUCGCCCCUUUCCCUCCGUUCGAAACUCCUCCUCUGUGAAUCUGUCAGAGUUUCCCUCUCCACGGAUGUCCCCCUUGCUUCAACCUACGGUUCUACCGGGCGCCUACGCUAAUGGUUCGACCCCGAGCCUGGCAGUCGUCCCACCAGCGAUACCUGUUCCAAAGGACGAGUCGGCACCCACUAUAUUUGGACUGCCUCUCAAAUACGUCUCCCUUGUCACGCUCGCAGUCCAGAAUGCCGCUCUUUCGAUAGUUAUGCACUAUUCCCGCGUCUCAAUCCCUCCUUCCUUAGCAUAUUCCCCUGCUUCUGCCGUCCUCCUCAACGAAAUCCUCAAAGGCUCAAUAUCAUUCGUCGUAGCUGUAUGGCGCGUUGCGAACGCUGACCAGCGCAAGCCAUUUGCCGGCGCGCUGUUCUCACCCGUCCAGCAAGUAGUCCGCGAAAUUUUCAGUCCAGACUGUUGGAAACUCUCUAUUCCUGCCAUCCUCUACGUCGUCCAAAACUCCCUACAAUUCGUUGCCAUCAGCAAUCUUCCCGUUGCGACAUUCCAAGUCACAUAUCAGAUGAAGAUUCUCACUACCGCUGCCUUUUCCGUUGUGAUGCUGCGCCGGCGGUUGACCUCGACAAAAUGGUUCUCCCUAUUUUUCCUGGCUAUUGGCGUAGCGAUCGUGCAAAUUCAGACAAGCACCAGUGCUCACGCUCCUGCGUCGACAAACAUCCCAGUUGGUAGCGCUCACGACUCGGCGCCCCUAUACAUGCACAUCAUGAGCCCGCUGAAGGGCUUUGGUGCGGUCACGGCGGCUUGCUUCACUUCAGGGCUUGCGGGCGUGUACUUCGAAAUGGUGCUCAAAAACUCUAAAGCGGAUCUUUGGGUGCGCAAUGUCCAACUAUCGCUGUUCUCGCUCCUCCCCGCGCUCCUCCCCAUCCUCUGCACAUCUUCACCUCCCAAUUCGCGCGGGUUCUUCCUGGACUUAUUCAAAAACUUCGGCGGGUGGGCGUGGGCGACCGUUUCGAUCCAGGUCUUUGGCGGUUUGGUGACGGCUAUCGUAAUCAAAUAUUCAGACAAUAUCCUCAAAGGGUUCGCGACAUCGUUGUCAAUCAUCCUAUCCUUCCUGGCCUCCGUCAUCCUCUUCAACUUCCGCCUCACACCGUCGUUCAUCGUGGGAUCCUCAACCGUACUUGUCGCGACAUGGAUGUACAACCAGCCCGCCGGCAAGGAGCCCGCCAUCAUCACGAACGUGGUCAACACCGCAACUGGUAGCUCACGGUCUAGCUUGUCGUGGCACGGGUCCCCCGUUAGUCCCAAUGCGCCGAUACUCGGCCAUUUCGAUAACAAGACCUCCUCACCGAGGGUCGUGUCGACAGCGCUGGGUUCGGAGAAGUACAGCCCUGCGUCGGAUACUCACUUCCAACCCACAAUCGACACACCGCGGUAUCUGAAUGCCCCCUACGGCUCGCCAUAUCCCUCGCGUACGCCGUCGCCUGCACCCCCACCGCAGGGACCGGGAUCUCAGCACAUGCUGCGGUGA